UUUCCCCUUCCCCUCCCCCUCAACCUUCCUCUUCCUUCCCAAUCUCUCUCCCCACAUACAUAGUCUUUCAACAAGAAGAACAUCAAGACUCCACAUUCCUAAAGACCAAAAAAACUCAAUCUUGGCCACCAUUUUUUCCAUUUGGGAAUCAAAAAGAUUACAUUUUUAAUUCUUGGGCUCAAAAAAAUCUUGAAAAAAUGGACAAAGACUACUUGAUGAGCUCAGGCAUCCCACCACCCCAACCACUCCACUUCGAAACCCCAAUGCCAAAUCCAUGGAGCUCCGAUCAAUCCUUCUUCAACCCCAAUUCCUCCCUAAUCCACCAAUUCCCUCAUUUUGACUCAUCUUGGACCUCAAUUCCCUCCUCCACCGCCGCCGCCGCCGUCGCCCCGCCGCCCCUCGCCGCCGAUCCGGGCUUCGCGGAGCGCGCCGCGAAAUUCUCCCGCUUCGGCAGCCGCAGCCUCAACGGCCGCUCCUCGCCGCCGCCGCUGAAAAAUUCCGGCGAACUCCCCGGCUCCGGCGGAGAAUCCUCCGUCUCCGAUCAGAUUCCGGCGAAGGUGAAUUCCCGGAAAAGAAAGGGGAUUUCCAGAGGCAAGAGCAAAGAAGACAGAUCGAAUUCGGCAAAGGAAGCCGCCGACGACGGGAGCUCAAAGCGAUCGAAGCAAUCGGAAAACUGCGAAAACGAGGAAGAAUGUAAUAAAUCCGACCAAAAGCCGCCGGAGCCGCCGAAGGAUUACAUUCAUGUCCGAGCCAGAAGAGGCCAAGCCACUGACAGCCAUAGCUUAGCAGAAAGGGUUAGGAGAGAGAAAAUUAGUGAGAGAAUGAAGCUGCUUCAAGAUCUGGUACCAGGUUGCAAUAAGGUGACCGGAAAAGCACUAAUGCUUGAUGAAAUCAUAAAUUACGUCCAAUCACUUCAGAGACAAGUCGAGUUCUUGUCAAUGAAGUUGGCAUCAGUGAAUCCAGACCUCGAUUUCAACAUGGAAAACCUUCUCUCCAAAGAUAUGUACCAGCAUCAACAAAUGUACCCUUUGGAUUCCUCAAUCUACCAUAACCAGAAUGUACAACACCAACAGCUGCAAGGUACAAGCAUCUCAAGCGUGGAGCCUCUCCCUAGCAUUGGACUAGAUGGAUUCUCUGAAAAUUUACCCCAGUUUCCAGCCUUCACUGAAGAUGAUCUGCACAGCAUUGUCCAAAUGGGAUUUCUCCAGAAUUCUGUUCAAAAUCAAACAUCAAAUAUGAAAGUGGAGCUAUGACAGCUCACGAUUCCAGCAGGAAGAAAAAAGGCUGUGCUGUAGAUAAACUGAGAUGAAUUUUUAAUCAAUUUUUACAACCAAUCCAAGAAUCUUUUCUCUUUUUUGAGGGGUUUUUGUUAUUAUUUACAAAAUUAUGUAAUUCUAUUUCAUUUCCAGAGUAAUGAUGUAGUAAUAUAUAGGAUGUAAUUAAUUAUUAAUGAUUAUAGUUUCCGGGAAAAUAAGAAAUUCACAGCUCUUGCACUUUUUUCUUUUCUCAA